AUGAAAGCCAACGAUAGCGCCUCUCAAAUCUCCUUUGACACCCUCCGCACCCACCUUCUGAGCUACGACUCUCACAUCCCAGACAAGAUCCAAGGUCUCGAACAGCUACGCCUCAGUACGAUCCCUGAAACUCUCGUUCAGCGCAAAAAGAAUGGCAAAUCAUUCCUUGAAAAAACAGAAUUGACAAGCCUAGUCGAAUGGAAACUAAAACAUGGUACCUACCGUCCUAAUCUUACUAAGCUCGUCGCGUCGAAUAGCGUCAAAGACGUCCGUGAGACGACGAAGAAAGCAUUCGAGCUAUACGAGGUGGAUAAAGACGACUAUGGCAAGUCUAUCACAGCCCUGAAUAAGCUGAAGGGAAUCGGGCCCGCAACGUCGUCACUACUACUGUCGUGCUACGACCCCGUAAGAGUUCCGUUUUUUUCCGACGAACUCUACCGCUACCUACACUGGGAGGACGCCAAAUCGAAAGGCUGGGAUCGAAAAAUCAAUUACACAAUCAAAGAAUACAAAACCCUCUUCGAAAGAGUAGCCGAGCUCCGAGAGCGUCUGGAGAAACAAUCCGGCAUAGGAGUCUCCGCCGUCGACAUCGAAAAGGCCGCAUACGUGCUCGGCAAAGACGCCCCCAUCGCCGAAAAGGCGAAGAAAAGUCAUGCCAGAGUCCCAGAAAUAAACCUUGACAGCAACAUAGCGCGCAUCGAUGAAUGCCGUCGCAAAGGCCUGAACGGCUCCCCUACCUACGACACACUCGGCUUCGAGCUCGACAAGGAGUAUAUCAUUAAGCACACCGGCGGUCAUCCCCGCCCACAUGGGGCAAAAACCUUAGAUCGACUGGAGCCAAAACGCAAAGAUAGUGAGAAGAAGGCAGGUAUCAUGGGGGUAGCGGGAGACGACAAUAAGAUCCACGAACAAGCGUGGGAUGAUCGCGUCGCUAAAGAUUUGGGUAGUGCAUUUCAUGGGUGCUUUGAGCAAAGGAAGCAAGCAUUGCUAAGCACAGCGGAUGAGUGGAGUAAGGAAAGGGCCCCUAAAAAACGUGAAAUGACACUUUUCGAAGACAUCGCAGAGAGCGUUCGUCAGAGCGUCAACUUUGCUGACUUCCAAUGA